AUGUACUAUAUCCUCUACCUGACCAGUAUGUCGUCACUCUCCCCACUAUCACCCUCCCCGAGCUAUGUCUGUCAUACAUCUUUGCAAACACAAGCCAAUAUCCAAACCCCGGUCCCUGGAUAUCCUACCUCCAAAUAUAUACCCAAUGCAAAGAAGCAAACACCGAAGCACUACCCAACACAGCCCAACCAAUCCCAGCUACCUAAAAAACAAACUAACCAGAUCCAAACCCCAGGCCUCUGUCGUCGCCGCAACUGGCCCGAACCAAUCUACAAUGCCUAUAUAAGCAACAGCGGAUACACCUGCACCGUACGCGUCAACAACCGUGAGUACCGAACAGACAGUAUCUGCAGCAACGAGACGCUGGCCCGGGAGAGCGCCGCUAUGCGCGCCUACCUCAUCUGCCGCAACUUUUCCGUCAACGACGGCAUGUACCCGGCGGGCCAUGAACAUGGCGGCGCUAUGCAGGGGCUGCGAGUUGCCAUUGGUGCAGGACGGAAGGUUGCUCGUGAGGACGAUGUGCUUUCUUUAGGGUCUGUGAGUGGGAGUAGGAGUGACAGCUCGCAGGGCGGGAGUUGGAGUGGGGGGAGUAGUCCUGCUAGGGUUGGGAUUGAGGAGGAUGGUAGGGGUGGGUUUGGGGGAAAGGUUUGA